GAACGUGUCCGGUUUGUAAUUACAGUGUGCAGGGGAAGGGAGGUGCCAGCAAGCAUGUCAUAUGGGUUCGGCCGUCGAGAUGAGAUGGGAUGGGAUGAUGACGGCAUGGAAGCGCCAUUGCGCCUGCCGUUGCUGCUGCCCCUGCCGCACCCGCCCAGCGCCCUCACGCUGUCGUCCCGCAGCCCGCAGGCACUCGCCAUCGCCAACCUGCUGCCCUCGCACGAAGCCACGCAUAACGAGACACACGACCGCGACGCGCCCGCUCCGCCCCACCCCUACCGCACCUCGCUGCAGCUCCGCCAGCAGCAGUUGGACGACUACUACCGCGCCCACCACGCCCGCUCGCGCGCAUCGAGCUCGUCUGGCAGCGCCGCCCCGAGUCUGCGCCGCGUCCCCAACUUGGACCGCGCCCGCACCAUUGACCGCGCCCGCACAGUCGACCCCAGCCAGCAGCAGCAGCGCCUCGUCCGCUUUGCCGCCUACGACGACGCGCCGCACCCCGCCCUCCGCAUCUCGCGCCGCACCGCCUCGGCCAUCCGAUUCGUGCUCGAGGAGGCCCUCCGCGCGCCCUACCCCUUCACCCCCGACCUGGUCGAGGAGAACGAGCCCAUGGCCGAUCUGACCAGUGGCCGUGCAGCCAAUGGCGGCGCCCGCACCACCGGCGGCCCCGUCCCCGUCACCCAGGCCGACCGCUCCAACAUCCGCACCCCGCAGAUGAUCAUGAACGACCGCCGCCAGCGCGAGGCCCGCCAGCGCGAGGAGCAGAAGCAGCGCGACGCCGUCGAGGAGGACCGCCGCCGCAGUGCCGAGCGCCGCGCCCAUGCUGUCGCUGGUGUGGCUGGCACCCCCACGGCCAACACCGCCGCCAACACCACCACCGACCAGCACGUCCAGUACCCCACCACGGGAGCAGCCCGCCCGCCAGAACGCGCCCUGCCACAGUCCAGCCAGCCCCCAGACGCUGCAACCGGCGCACACUACGGCAGGCCGCGCACGAGCUCGCAGUCGCAGCAGCAGCCUCGAGCUGCCUCGGGCAACCAGCCGGCGCAGGCCUCGACGGGCGAGCAGAGACGGCCGCCCCCCGUGCAGCACUCGCGACGUCCUUCUGGCGCCACCUCUGCUGCAGCUAGUUCGCAAGCAGGGCCGUCGACGACUGCACUGCCACGACCCCCACCCCCGCCAGGCACGUCUACAACUCCCCUACGAGACUCGACUACGUCCAACUUCCCCCACGCCUUCGAGCGCUGGGAGACGCUCUCUUCGCACUGGGAGGGGCUCACCUCUUACUGGAUACGGCGGCUCGAGCAGAACACCGACGAGGUCCGCCGCGAGCCCCUGGCCCAGCAGAUGUCGCGCCAGAUCACGGAUCUGUCCGCUGCUGGCGCAAAUCUGUUCCACGCCGUCGUCGAGCUGCAGCGCCUGCGUGCGUCGUCGGAGCGCAAGUUCCAGCGCUGGUUCUACGAGCACCGGCAAGAGCAAGAACGCGCCCAGGAGAGCCAAGCACAGCUGGAGAACACGUUACGCGUCGAACGCGAGGCGCGCUCCGGAGACGUGGCGAACAUGGAGCGCAUGCUCACCGAGAAGAAGAACGCCGAGCGCGCAGUCGUCGAGAUGAAGCGCGAGCUGCAGAUCUCAAAGGAAGAAGCCCGACGCGCGUGGGAAGAGCUGGGGCGGCGCGAGCAAGAAGAACGCGACCGCCAGUUCUCGCUGAGGGAAGGGCAGCCCACGCUCGUCGGCGGUGUGCAGGUUGUUCCCAUGGCGCAGGCCGUGGCACGACGUGGGCGGACUCAAGAAGAGGAAGACGCCUAUUCUGGCGCACAGGGCAGCGGGGUAGACAUUGAGCAACACUACUCGUACGAAGACGCCCAGUCACCCACCGACACGGACCCCUUCACAGAGAGCACCCGCCACGGCCAUCGCGACCCUGACGCGCCGUCGUUGACCCAAGGCACCUACAUACCCUCAGGCGCCGGCCCCAGCUCGUCCGCCCGCUCUGGCGCCCCCAUGGACGUCUCAGACCUGACCCAAGUGCCCGCUCCCCUGCACCUCCAAUUCAGCCCCACGAACCCCUCCCACACCCAAGCGGGCGCCCAACCCCCCACCUCGCACCCAGACUCCUUCUACCAACAACCGCGCUCCUACCUGCACCAAGACCAAGAACAAGACGAAGACGAGCUCCCCAACCUGCGCACAGAGGACUCACAGUCCUACGUCACCGUCACCUCGCGCGACGACGUCACCUCGGACGGCGAGGAGGAAUACGCAAUCGACGAGCGCGGCAACUAUGUCCUCGACGACGCGGGCCACCGCAUGACGUUCCGCUCCCUGCGCUCCCCCGUCUCGGACGAAUACGACGUCCAGGAAGACCGCCGCAGAGAACUAGAGCACCUGCAGCACUACGGGGCCGGCGCGCCGCAGGCCCAUCCUCAGAAUCAGGCCCCGCAGCAGCAGAAUCACGCACAAGGCCAGAACCCCAAUCCGCCCGAUUACAGCGGCGAUGGGUAUGGAGAUGAGUGGGUUGGCAUGCGCCAUCAUCAUCCUACGAGGCUGAGCGAUGUGCCUGAGGAGGAUGAGCGCAGUCGUACGAGUCCGAGUCGUGCUAGUUUGGCGAGUAGGGGGCGCUUGUAUUAGGGCUUCUUUCUCGUGUUCUUUCUUUCUGUCAUCUCAUCUCUCUCUCUCUCUCUUUUUUUUUUUUUUUUGAAAU